AUGGCCCCUGGAGAGCAGUUCAAGCACAGACGCAUGCGAAUUUCGGCUCAAGGCUUAAGUUACGCUCCAAAAAACCUGCAGCACGACAACAAAGACAACAACGCCCGCAGAAAGGCGGCUGUAAAUUCUCGGCUGCCCCAGACAGUUCUGUUCCGAGGAAGUCACUGGCAGACUUCGCUGCUGGCGUUCAGGGCGUCUCUCCCCGUGAGAGCACAACCAAAGAAGAAGAAGAAAGUGGAUCCAAGGAGAGAGCAAGCACAGAAGGAUCGUAUGAAAAAGAAGAUUAAAAAGUUGGAAAAGGCUGCCCCAGAAAUGAUUCCGAUUGAGGAUUUUGUAGCACCGCUUAAGUACUCGGAUAGCAACAGGGUGCGAAGUCUUCCCCCUCUGUCAUUUGAGGAGACCGAAAGAAGAGUUUUACUUAUGAAGAAGUGGUGUUUGUUUAAGCAGAAACAAGAUAAGGCAGAAAAGAAAGCAAUUCAGACCCUUGUAGAAGCUCAGCAAGAGGCCCUAAAGGAACUGCGCCUUGAAUCGGAGGAGUUGUAUCAGGCAGCAAUCAGACGAGAUGAGGGGCUUCUCCCCUUUGAGAGAGAUGGACCUAAUUAUACCCCACCAAUUCCUGGGUAUGAUCCUCCUGAAGGGAAAUGCGUUGAUAUCACUAAAGUGUAUACGCAGUGAUGGAGAUUGUUUUUCAUCUGGCAUGAGCUACUUAGCCGACUGAAGGAGGAAAGA